AUGAGUUUGCUUUCCUGCGUUGAUUCUCGUGCUCUCUUUUUACUAGUGAAAUUGAAUGGCAAUCGCGAAGUUGUGGGCGUUUUACGGGGCUUUGAUGCGUUUAUGAACAUGGUUCUUGAUGACUGUCAAGAAGUAUCGAAGUCUGGACAGCAGAUUAACAUUGAUACUGUUGUGGUUCGUGGAAACAGUGUAAAUAUUGUCGAGGUCUUGGAACGCUUUUAA